AUGUUUGUCCUUGCUAGCCAGAUAUCUUCGAUGAAUACCAGGCAGGCUCUUAGACUACGGGUGGUGCGAGCAUAUCAGAUUCCUGAGGGAAGUGAUCCAUCGAAAUUUAGAUCAAAAGAGAUUGUUUUUCAUGAUAAAGAGACCUUUAGAGAGAUCAAGUCUAAUGAAGGCCUUGAUGAGAAAAUCUUAUUUGAUGUUAUUGGUCGAGUGAUUGAAAUACACUGCCCACAGGAGAAACUAAUUAAUGGCAAGAACUCCAGGCUGAUUGACUUCACCAUUGAAGAUACUGAUGGAAUACAACUAAUGUGUACUUUGUGGGAUGAACACGUAAGCAAGAUUGAGGCAUUCUACAAUUCUACUACACAAGAGCCAUUAUUGGUGUUGAUACAGUUUUGUAGGGCUAGGGUGUGUCUAAAAAGUGGUGAUGUCAAGAUUUGUAGCUCCUAUGAUGUAACACAGCUGCUUUUCAACCAAGAAUCUCCCCCAUUUGAGGAGUUCAUGAAAAGUAUUAGCCAAGAACAGACUCCAAUGCGCAGUAUAAUUUCCCAGUCAAGUUUUAAGGAAUGUAGCUCCUAUUCAGUUUCCCUAUCUGCUGAUAUGGAAGUUCGUACUAUCAAUGACAUCUACAGAGACAAGGAGUUUGGCGAUUUUUGGGUGGCAGCAAGGAUUGUAUUCAUUGAUGAUCCAGAGUGGUACUAUGCUUCGUGUAGUACAAAGGGUUGCAACAAAAAACUGAAACUCAAAGGAAAGUGGCUAUGGUGUAGUACAUGUGACAGAAAUUGGGGUGACGGGACACUCAGGUACAGAAUUAAGGGAAGGAAGGGUCUACCUAAGGAGCUCGAGACUCUAAUUGGACUGAAUCUCCUAUUUCGAAUUGCCGUUCGCAAAGAACAGUUCCAGAAUUAUCUCAAUGCUUUCCCUGUUAUGAGGAUCAUCACUGAUGAAAAGAUUGUAGAAAAGCAUUGCCCAGAACUAAUAGGAGUAAGGGAUAGGGAUCUCAGUUCAAAGUUGGAGUUGGAGCUUACAGAUGAGGACCUAUGGGAUCUAGAGGAAGCAGACCAAGCAAAUGAAGCUGAAAGUCCACUCCAAGUUGUUGCACAGAGACUCAAUGCAGAGAAUAGUGUUGAGAAUGGAACAGUCAAGAGAUCACUAAUCGAUGAAUUUUCAAGCACACAAAGUUCAAAAAAAAUCAAGAAAUGUGUGGUCAAGAUUGAGAAGGAAGCAGAUGUGGAGUGGGGCACAAUGAUGGAAAAUGAAUGCAGAUGUAUGGUAAAAGACGUCAAGAGAUGGCUGACAUGGCAGAAAAAAAUGAAGAAGAUGGCAGAGAUAUCACUAAAAAUGGAAAGUGAUGACACAUAA